AAGUAAAGAAGCAACAAAGUGGAAAUAAUAAGGGCAGGAGUGGCUAGGCCCGAAACGAAUGAUGAGCUAACAGGCUGAAACCUUCCCACUAAUCUAUAUGAGGAGUGCGCCUUUUCUAUAACAAGUUCUCCAAUGAGUAGAUUUGUUCAUUAUAAAUCCUUCUUUUUGCAGUUAGUUUCGGGGUGAAAGCCUAUUACCAGACAGAAAAGGGGGUUUCUUUUCUAUCUAUUCCCUUUUUUUUUAGUGCCUGUCUGCUCUUUUUGCCUGAAGCUUGAAAGCGGAGGAUGCCCACAAAACAAAUCCCGUGCUUGCGCAUGAGAAGAGGCUGAAAUAACGCUUAAUAUAUACUUCAAAAAUACCAUACCCCUACGCUUUUCUAAUCAGUGUCUUCCUAGCCCAUUCAUUACCUUCUUCUUCUGAGAUGGGAUGACGAGAAUAUGCUCUGCAGAUGUUUUCAUUUCAGGAAGAAGGUGUUAUCAAGGAGCGAAGGGACGAAGGCAAGAGAAGAGGUCUAGGUCUUUGCUGCUUGACUGCGUCAAAGCUUGAAGUGACGAAUACGCUUUGAUUGAAUCAGAAAUGAACUUAUAUAGCGGAGGAAGAGCAGAAGCUGUGUCGGUUCUUAUUUCCCUUUGGGAGUGACUUUAGCUACUAUUAGUCUAGAAGAUAGAAGAUAGGAUUGGAAUAGCAUAGUCCUACUUCCUAGUCCUAGUAGUCUUAGUACUCACUACUAAGACUGAGACUUACUACUAACUGAAGUAGACUGACUUUUUUCCUCGUUAUAACAUAACAGAAGCGGCUUCGUAGGACCUCUGUUCGCUAAUCCAUCAUCGUAUAUGAGACUGACUUUCUUGCUUCUUUUAGACAGUCCACCAGUACUAGUUUGAAACCUGUCCGCUGCCUCACCUUAGGAAAAUUAUUCCAUAUAGGAAUGAAGAAAGGCCAUGAUAGGAAAGUGAAGUGACUGUAGGGGGAAUGCUUUUUUUCUUCCCUAGCAAUUAGCAGAGCGAGGGGAAAGGAUAAAGGGUGCAAAGUUCUUACCCACUUUAUCUAGUAGGUCUUUCUUGUUUAUACAGAUGUGACAUACUAGAAACCUUGCCAAAAGACUGAGGCAAGGAAAAUAGUCCUUCCUGUUAAAUAAGUAAAUUGAAAAUGAAAUCAGCGUGGUAAACAGACACCCAUAAGUCCUCUAAAGAGUACGUUAUUUAUUGGUUUACUUGUCUAUUCUUUUUUUAUACUAAUAAAGAUCAAAUACCUAUCCCAAGGCCACGUCUGUCCCAAGCUGGAAAAGCCAUAGCUCAGAUUAUGCUCCUUGAAGCCUGGUUUCUGGAAAGGGGUCGAAAUCUCCAAGGCAUGCCAAAGCCUGCCAAUCGCCGGUUGGGUCAAAAGCUGAUGAGCGAUUUUGAUUGAGUUUUGAGACAAGCAAGCUAGUUGAAAGACUCUCAUUCCGUCAUGAUGCUCUUCUCUUCAGCAGAAGAAGGAGAGAAGGGGCUCUUCAGUGGCUUAUUUCCUUCACGGUGAUUGAAAGACGGACGUGGGGGCUAUCACUUUCUUUUCAACGCUUCAACCUGCUUCAUCUAUCGUUAGGGCUCGGUGAGAAUCUUACCUACCUUCCUUUUCCCCUGUUGUCUUGUCUAGCUUUAAAAUAGAACUUCUCUAGCGCCUCAAAGAAAAAGGGCUCCGUAACUCCUUUCACACUAAGCUAAUUCAAGUGCACUAAGCAAAAUGAACCCUAAAGCUUCAGCUGCUAUCCGUGACAAGGUGGUAUCAGAGCCUUGCUUCGAGGAAGCCUGGUUCGAGCUUGGUUCGUGGGAGCGAGACUACUUGUGGGCAAGCAUGUCUGGCAUGACUGAGGAAGUUGCUAUCAACAUGUAGGGAAGGGGAAUCCCAACCUCCUCAGCAGGGAAGCAAGAAGGGACGAGGUCAUAGUAAGUGCUGAGGACCUUGCUUGCUAGUCUAUCUGUGAAAGUAAGUUUCUGCAUUGGAGGCUGAACAUCUACGAGCCAGCCGUCUUCAAGACAUUACGUGAGAAGGAGAAAUGCUGGUAGUACCUCUUCACAAGAGGAUCAGACCAGAUCCAAAAUAGCGUAUGAAAUGAUUAUGGUCUAUCUAGUACAGUAUGAUCGAUCAAGUCAUUCAGUAAAGUCUCUUAGCUAGUAUGGAAUUCUAUCUAUUAGCGGGUCGGUGACGGUAGAUUGAUCCUGAGAAAUGAGUUCUUUCCUUUGUGCAUCUUUCUUUCUUUUCCCAUGUCUUUCUUGGUUGGUAAACCCAACUGGCGAUUUACAACAAACAAUCUAUAGUCAAACAUAAGUCCUGCGGGCUUGCUUUUAACCAUACCUGGUUCAGUCUGUAUGGAGGGAAUCAUUUUUUCUCAAUCAAGACCAUGUCAGAGAUUUUUGUGCUUGGCUUUUGCUUCUGUUUUUACGUAAGCGUAAACACUUGGCACGCUUAUAGGAUUAUCCAGAUAAAUGAAAGAUUACAGAAGCCCAUGACAUUUAAAAUAACUUGGAAAGACGGGUUGGUGAUAACCCCGUGGGAACGGCCUAUUGGUCCCACCCACGGCCCAUCUGACCCUUCUUCGCCUUCGGGUUCUCCAGUUAAGGAUGCCCUGGAUCUAGCGCAAGAUGUUCCCCACAGCCCCCUUGAUCAAUUUGCCAUUAAGUCAUUUCUUGAUAUGAGGGUAGGAUACUUGUAUAUCUCAUUCACAAAUCCCGCUUUCUUUAUGCUGCUAACUCUCGGUUUGGUCUUCCUGCUGUUUCAUUUGGUUACUAAAAAGGGCGGAGGAAAGUCAGUACCAAAUGCUUGGCAAUCCUUGGUAGAGCUUAUUUAUGAUUUCGUGCCGAACCUGGUAAACGAACAAAUAGGUGGUCUUUCCGGAAAUGUGAAACAAAAGUUUUUCCCUUGCAUCUCGGUCACUUUUACUUUUUCGUUAUUUUGUAAUCUCCAGGGUAUGAUACCUUAUAGCUUCACAGUUACAAGUCAUUUUCUCAUUACUUUGGGUCUCUCAUUUUCCAUUUUUAUUGGCAUUACUCUAGUGGGAUUUCAAAGAAAUGGGCUUCAUUUUUUAAGCUUCUCAUUACCCGCAGGAGUCCCACUGCCGUUAGCACCUUUUUUAGUACUCCUUGAGCUAAUCCCUCAUAGUUUUCACGCAUUAAGCUCAGGAAUACGUUUAUUUGCUAAUAUGAUGGCCGGUCAUAGUUCAGUAAAGAUUUUAAGUGGGUCCGCUUGGACUAUGCUAUGUAUGAAUGAUCUUUUCUAUUUCAUAGGAGAUCUUGGUCCUUUAAGUUUAGUUCUUGCAUUAACCGGUCUGGAAUUAGGCGUAGCUAUAUCACAAGCUCAUGUUUCUACGAUCUCAAUCUGUAUUUACUUGAAUGAUGCUACAAAUCUCCAUCAAACUUUCUUUUUUUUUUGUUAUUUUUUUAUAAUUGAAUAA